CAAUGAUAAGUGGAUAACAAACUGAAUCCAAGAAUAUUAAAAAUAUUCAUACAUUAAGGUUAAUCCAAAGUCGAACUUAAUUCAAGAAAGUAGUCAAAAAUUGUGGAUUAAUUCUUAUUAAUAUUGUCCUAAAAGAACUUCUCCUUCAUCCCUCCCAUUAUCUCUCUCUCCUCUUCAUAUCUUUUACACAGCGCCAUUAUUCACCUGUAUUUCACUCAGAAUUUUCGAUCUUUUUCGUUCGAUUUCUCUCUAACGGUUAAUUUACGAUAAUCUGUAAUCGGCUAAUUGUAAUAGUUUCUGGGCAACAACCUCAACGAUAUACAGGCAAUUUGGUGUUCCAUUAACCACGUAACCCUAAUUCAAAGUUGGAGUAAUUUUAGGUUGGUGAUGGGGGCUUUUAUGUCAAGAUUUUGGUUUAUGUUAUUUCCAGCUAAGGAGUAUAAGAUAGUGAUUGUUGGUCUUGAUAACGCGGGAAAGACAACCACCCUUUAUAAAUUGCAUUUAGGAGAUGUGGUUUCAACGCACCCUACGGUGGGUAGUAAUGUCGAAGAGCUUGUCUACAAAAAUAUUCGAUUCGAGGUUUGGGAUCUAGGUGGGCAGGAUAGACUGAGGACAUCAUGGACCACAUAUUAUCGAGGAACACAUGCUGUCAUUGUGGUUAUAGAUAGCACGGAUAGGGCCAGGAUUUCGAUAAUGAAAGAUGAGCUCUUCAGAUUGCUUCCUAACGAGGAUCUACAACAAGCUGUUGUGCUGGUCUUUGCCAAUAAACAGGAUCUGAAGGAUGCCAUGACUCCUGCAGAGAUUACGGAUGCUCUAUCCCUCCACAGCAUAAAGAAUCACGACUGGCAUAUCCAAGCUUGUUCUGCCCUUACCGGUGAUGGGUUGUAUGAUGGAUUGGGAUGGAUUGCCCAGCGGGUUGCUGGGAAAGCCACAAGUUAGUUUAAACUCAGAUGUACUGGUGUUUGUUGACCCCCUUUUUCCCCCUUAUUUAUUAUACAGGUGCUCAUUUACUGUUUGAUCUUUGUAAUAAUUUACAUUUGGAAGAUAAGUUGCUUAUGGAAUUUCUCUGAAA